AUGCCCGCAACCGACUCCGGCGCGUCCGAAGGCAACCAUCUGCUCGGGCUACUGAGUCCACAUCCGCCGGCCUUGUCGAGGCCACUCGACACCGAGGAGGUCAACGGGGGCUGCGACGGCGGCUUGCAGGUGCCGCCCCCGUGCUUGUCAUCGCGGCCGCAGAGGUCUCCCAGCUGGCUGAUUUCAACGAAAGACGGGACGGAGGGCAAGAGCCGCGUCGACAGCUGCGUGAUGGUCUGCGACACGCAGCACUUACCCCAGUCGGACAGCGAGUGCUUCUCCACGUCAUCGUCGACGUGCUACCGCUCGGCGUACAGCGUCAACGCUUCCCGAAACAUGCUUGAAAUGUUGCCCUUCAUCGACCCUUUCGUUAAAUGCGUGAAGAUGCCGAGCGCGUGCAUCCGCGCAGGGCCGACGCGUCUUCGCGGUCGUCGCACGCGCUCGGGCAUCACCGACUUACCGGCGAGUUUCGGCACCCCAGCCGGCACGACAAGCUCCGGCGACAGCGUCCUCGAGCACGGCGUUGCAGCGAUGCGACGUGAUAACAGUGCCCAAACGCGGUCGUCGACGCUCGAGCCUCCUCCCACCCGCAGCAGCAGGAGCGCCAGCACGGCCACUAUGCGCGUUGCCGAAACCAGUCAUGCAUGGGGCACAGCACCGCCGCCACCACCACCUUCCCUCUCUUCGGCUCCCGAGGAACAAGAAGACCAAGCCCUCGAGCAGCCGCCGAGUCGCGACUCUCAGAAGACCUGCAACGCGCCUGCUCUGACCACACCUCACUCUCCGCAUCACCCGGCUGCGCACACCUUGACUUUUAAAGCGCCAAUCAGUGACUGCGACGUGGCCCAGCCGGGCAUCGCCGCGGCAUGUGCGCGAAGGAAGUCCAUGGAGGACCAGCAGAGGAAGAAGCUGCGCGGUAGUCGUUCCUUGCAGCAUCACGGGCGUCCAGAAGUGUGCAGCGCGCCCAACAGCGUGGACUCGGUAACAGCCACCCCUGGCACUGAUGCCGCCAGCUCCAUUGCUACCACCCCGUCAUUCACGUGCACGACGUCACCGCAGGGCAACGGGACUCCGGCAAAGCUAAACAGCUGCGUGUCCCUUGGCGCCUCAGUAAUCUCGCUAGACAACAGCGUCAUGGGCGCUUCGCCUGGAGUCGUCGCUGCGGCGGCCGUGACGACCACGUCUGAGUCGUCCCCGGCAACACCGGCGGCCAAGGGCGAACUGGAGACUGAUGCGCGCCACCGAAGCUUGCUCCGCUCGCUGGAGAGGAAGCAGGUGAACCCCUUCCUCCGCUCCACUUCGAUUCUCUCGAUGCGCUCCUCGUCCCUGGGACGCAGCAGCCUCAGCACCGCCGCCGCCGCCGGUCGCAGUGGACGCGGUGGUCGGGGGCACCACCGCUCCCAGCCGCUAUCGUUUGUGAAGGUGCCGCCGCUUGGGUGCGGUGCGCAGGGGCUGUCCUUCUGCUCGCUCACCGCCUCCGGCGUUCAAGCCUGGGUAGAGGAGGGUGCCGUAGAUGCGCCGCUUGACGUCUGCGCGAUGACGUUGUCGUCGUUGCUCCGCAAGACCGAUUCGCAGCUGCGCACGGCAGACAGCAGUGUUUGCGGUGGCAGCAACUUGUUGCGGCUGAUCCCGCGCAGCGAAUGCGCUGCCGGUGUGGGCGGCAUCCUUCGACCACGCAGUAGCUUCUGUUGCUCUCAUCUCGGCUUGUCGAGCAGGGCCAAGCACUCCGGCAGCAGUUCCCUGCAGCGAACGCCACCACCGCCUGGCCCCCCGGUCAACGUCACAAGCUUCGCCAACAACGUCUCGUUUCGUCGCACCAUCUUUGUCAACUCCUCUACACGGUCAGUAGUGGGGGCGAGCGAGGGCGAUGCAGCUUCGGUGGCGACAACGGCGACAACAAUGACGACCACCGCAGCGCACUCCAUUACCCGCUCGAAAGCACGCGUGUUCCCGUCGCCGGUUGGGCAGAGCAGCGCCUACCAGGAUGAAGAGGAGUCCGAAGUGCAGCGCGACGUGAUGAUCGGCUUCGCUUUUGCUCAGGACGCGACCAUCGCAACACGAUCAGUGAGCAAGGAGAUGCAGCCGAGCCGCCUCCGUGCCAUGGGCGCGAUGCUUGAACAUCCGGACGCGCCGCCGUUUGCCAAGGCUGCCAUUCAGCGUCUUCACAUGCGGUCCCCCUACCAACUACCACAAACCCAGUCGCACGACACGCACUCUUCGCCCGACCUCUUGCGCAGCGUACGAGACGACGCCGCCGCGGAAGCGCCGAUGAUUGUCACCAUGACCACCUCUGUGCACUCAUGCCGCUGCAUGAGCCCUUGUUGCAUGGCUAAGCCGCAGAGCUCCAGCGCUGCUCCAGCCGGUGCAGAUGAUCCGCGGUCCCAGGAGAAGCUCUCGGCAACGCCUUUGGAUGAGGGGGUGCGAACCGGGCAGUCCGGCGUGUCUCUCGUCCCGCGCAUUGGCCACGAUCGCUGCCACCUCUGCGACGUCCACAAGUACGCCAAGCAGCAACAGCAAACAACGACCGUGUUACUGGAGUCCGUGAAGACGAUCAAAUCGCAACGGCCGAACGCACUUGUGCCACGCAGCGUAGUGGAUGCGAGCAGGUCGGUGGCCGGUUGCCUAACAGCGACAGAGGUGCACCUCCCCAAGGUACUGCCGGUCAAGCGGCCCGACCCACGCUUCUCCAUCAAGCGCCUGCUCGGCCUGUGA